AUGGAGGGUCCAACCGAUUCGGCUGCCAGCGACUCUCGAACGGUGGCUCUCUCAAAGAACAAACGAGGUCGCUAUCGCUGUGUUUCGCAUGCCUCCCUCAAGAACAACCUGUUGGCCGGUGUCGGCUAUCUCGAACUCGCCAAUGCCGGCGAUUUCGCUGCGAACGUUUGGAAUGAAAUCCCCGUCCCUCGCCACGCCAUGAUCCUAAUGGCAAUUGGCGGUCCGAUCGCCCUCUCAGUUUCGCUCGUCGCUGCUCGAGAUUAUUACCUCAGCUGGCAGAACGUAAAGCUCCUUCGGUCUGAGCGAAAAGCGCUGCAAUCCGUUGGUUCUUGCACGGACACGACGACAAUAGCGUCUCUGGGGGUCAACUCCCGCGAGCUCGGAACAGAACUCAUCGAUCGCAUGUUUAUGGAUUUGCUUCUCGGCAUCGGUGCCCUCCUUGUCGGAGCAGGAACAAUCAUGGCCAUCUGGGGCGCCGACCACCGCGUCUUCGAGGCGAGCAACCUCAUGUCCGGCUUCAUCGGGAAUGGCUUCGCGGCUUGCUUUGGAGUAGUCAAUGCAGUUUGGUCCGGAUACCUGGUGUAUCGCUUCCAGAUACGUUAUUCUGCUUGUCUAGCUAGUCCAUCGAUUGCACCGAUCCGGACUAUGGUGCUACAGCGGUAUAGACGUUUGCAAUGGCACUCCGGUAUCAACGGAGUCAACGGCCUGGUCGCGGGUAUGGCAUCCAUGGUCACGGCGCGGAUGUGGUGGGGGUACGUUGUCCUCAUUCCCUGUGUCAUUGUGAUGAUCGCGGGCAAUCUAUUCUGGAGGAGGAAGCUGGGGUAUGACCGCCCGAUACAGCUGGAUGUCCCUGGCACCGUGACAGACGAAAAAAUGAACGAAGACGACGCUUGCUGUGAGAUCCUCGCCACAAUGGCGUCGAAUAGGGCAGCACAACAUACCCUGCUAAGAAUCGUCGAAACAGGGUCUUUGGAGACUAUGAUCGCCUUCAUUCUCCUAAAUCGGAUAUUUGAAUCAUUUUGCGAGUGGAUGUCUCGCGAGUGGCCCGACCACCGCGAAUUCGCAACCUCAGCGGACAACCUACACAUCUCUCACUACGAUAUGCUGGGCGGGACUACAGAGGAGCAUUCUCGAAUGGUGACCGAAUGUCGACGGUUCCUAGCCAAGGCCGGGGUCACCCUUCUCGACCAUCGCCACCGAUAUUUGCUUGAGCUGGCCGGAGAAGUAGUCUGGAGAGGGAGAGAGCAAAGUGGAAUACCCUAA